AUGCAGGUGGACAUUGGGCAGUUCUUUGCCGAGCAUGACAUCGUGCCGAUGCUGGUCGACCGCGCACCUGACGCGUUCGCGAAGGUAGUGUACCGUGGGAAGAAGCUGGUGGACGCGGGCAAGGAACUGUCGCCGGCGGAGGUGCGCGAGGAACCGAAGGUGGAGUGGUACGCGGACCCGACCGCACUCUACACGCUCAUCAUGACCGAUCCGGACUCGCCGAGCCGCAUGGAGCCGUGGAACCGUGAGUUUGCCCACUGGCUCGUUGGGAACGUCCCUGGGCGCCACGUCCAGAACGGUGACACGCUGUUCGAGUACAUUCCGGUGUUUCCCCGGUCGGGCGUUGGCUUCCAUCGGUACAUCUUUCUGGUGUUUCGGCAGCAAUCGUGGAACGACUACUCGCAGGCACCGCGGGCAUCGAGCAAAAAUCGGACGCCACGGAUACGGUUCUGUACGCGAGAUUUCGCCCGACACUACAGCUUGGGCAGCCCGGUGGCGGGCAAUUUCUUCAUCGCCCAGUACGACGACUACGUGCCAGUCAUACUGUCCCGAUAUCCCGCGUCGGAUGAUUACUAG